GAUAUUCCUUUACAAAAGAUUGCAUACUGUAUAUGAUGCCUUUGGCUCUUUUGGUGGUUUUUUUACGCUUUUGACGUCUAUCAUUAGUACCUUCAUUGGUCUUUACUAUGGUCUUUUCGGUUUUUUCGAAAACAACAAAGAAAACAACAAAGAAAUCGAAGAAGAAAUCAAAGAAGAAAUCAAAGAAAAAAUCGAAGAAAAAAUCAAAGAUCCUUUAGAAUUUAUUCAAGAUUUGUGGGCUCAAUUAGAAGAGAAAUCUAAUGAUAUCGUUAAUUGA